AUGGUCACUUUCGUGUCUGGUGAAGAGAUGCAAGAUGUCGCGUACCAUUUGGUUCCUCUCACCCCGAAAGGAUUUGGUCUUGCCGUAGAGACUUCCGCCAUGUCUCUCGGCAUUGUCAGCAUCAUUGUCAUUUCUCUACGAGUCUACAUGAGACUUGGCUUUUCUACGGCAUCGCGCAGAGCUUGUGGUCUAGACGAUAUCCUGGCUCUCUUCGGGACUCUUCCCUUUAUCUCUGCUGUCGUAUUCGCUGUCUAUGCCACCCGCUACGGACUCGGAGCGCGGGAUAUUGAAUUGCCGUCGCCUCUUUAUCAAGUACGAGCUGCCGAGUAUGUGAUCUACUGGAAGGUAUUGUACCUCGUAUCAUCCAAUAUCACAAAGUGCGCUGUCGGGUUCACCUGCAUGCGACUAGACUCGCGAAGACGAUUCACCAUUCCAAUAUCUAUCAGCAUGUCCAUAGUGGAAACGCUUGGAAAGAUAACAGUCAACUACAUCAUCUUUAUAGUCCAGUUAGCGACGGACUGGAUAUUUGCGACCAUCCCUUUCUUCAUCGUAGCUGGAAUGCAGAUGAGACGUCGUCAGAAAGUGUCAGUCAUCUGCGUCCUCGGUCUAGGGAUUCUCGCGAGUAUUUCGGCUUGCAUCCGUGUGCCUUUCCUGAAGUAUUACGACACAACUGAGUAUCCAGAAAACUUCUUAUAUCACCUCGGCAUCAUCAACAUAUGUUCCAACAUCGAAUGCGGCCUUGGAGUCAUUGGAUGCUCCCUGCAUCCACUUCACAGGAUCUUCAAUUUCGGUUGUGACACAUCACCUGGCAUUCAGUACGGCUAUUCUGACGAACACGCAGGCGUCUACUACGCAACGGCUUCACGAGCAUCUCGGGGGCGUGAGCUUGAAGCAGAUGACGACACUUCGAGCCUCAGGGGAAUCAUAAGGAAGACAGAAGUCCGUGUAUUUUCGUCAUCUGGAAUACACCUGUGA